ACACCUCCAUUGUUCUCGUUAUGGGUGCCACGCAUUGUGUGAAAUAACAAGGCUUGGUAUAUACACAGUCAUUGAUAUCCAUUUUGUUUAGGGUUCGUGCGUUUGGUUUGUAUUACGCAGAUGUAUCGAUUAUAAGGAACGGCUGGCAGGUUUUGUACACACAGACACAACACGGUCGACGGACUGUACUCCUCCAGUGGGUUCACGCAUCAUCCAAAACAAGCAAACGGAGUUGGGUGAGGAUUCAUCACAUUUAAGGAUAAAUUGGUGGCGACGUCCGGAAGAUUACCCCAUUUAAACCAGAGGUUGAUUUGAUAAAACUGUUAAAGAUGGCCAACACGGCCAAAGAGGACAAAUACGCAUACUACUACCACACCAACUACAUCCGUAAUGCCAGGGCGAUCGCCAUCGCAUGGGCACUGUUCACCUUUUGCUUCACCAUCAUCCUCUGCGUUGUGCUGGUCCAGCCAUUUUGGAUCGGCCACGGUACGGAUUCCCUCGGUGCCGGGUACUUCGGGCUGUACCGGUACUGUUACAGUCCGGCCAGGACGGGGCUAUUGGAAUGUAGGGGUGCCCUGGCCAAUGGAGGGUCCACCAUACCCGGUGUCAUGCUAGCUGCUACGGUGUGUGUGAUGUUAUCCCUGGGAUGCCUGCUGCUGUCCAUCCUCAGCAUGUUGUUGUUCUUGUGUAAGAUUCCCAGUACAGCGACUGUUUUUAUCAUCUGUGGAUGCCUGCAGAUAGCAUGUGGUGUGUUCCUACUGCUUGGCAUCCUGAUCUACCCAGCCAGUUGGGCUCAGCUUUCAGUGUUCCGCAUGCUGUGUGGCGACGACGUAUCUUAUGGCAACACCGGUACAUGCCAGCUGCGAUGGGUGUUCUACCUGGCGAUCAUCGCGGUGUUUGAUGCUAUUGUGCUUGGCGUCUUGGCUUUUAUCCUGGCCAGCAAGCAGGACAAACUCACUAAUGACAUGCAGUUUUCGGACUACUAUCCUCCAGCAAAAGGUAACUAUUCCAAUGGCAAAAAGAAGGGUUCAGUCAGUGGCUAUCCAACAGCUUCCGGCCAGACCGGUUACCCUUCCACAACUCAUCAGAACGGAGGGGCUGGUUCCCUUGAUCGACGCAGCAACCACAGCGGGCACACCUCAUCGGACCGGGGUCACAGCAGGUCAAAUGGAGGUAGUUCAGUCAACAGGCGAGACGGCUCGGACACGUCCCCCGAUGGUCUGUACUCCACGGUGAAACCACGCAGCGAGAGGAAAUCCGCCCACUCCAGCAGUCGGUCUGGUGGUGUUGACGGGGACGAUGAAAGGGAUAGCACCAGGAGUGGGAUCUCUAGUAAGUCAGGGAAGUCAAGCAAGUCAGGCAACAAGCACACUCAUGAUGUCAUUCUGUAGAUAUGGAUACAGAAUGUUAUUC